AUGACAAACUUCAGCAAUGGAGUCCACGUUCUAAUGAUCCCAUUCCCAGCAUCGGGACAUAUUUUUCCCCUUACGGAUUUAGCCCACCAAAUCCUCCUUCGUGGCUUAACAGUGACGAUCAUGGUCACACCCAAAAACCGUCAUUAUCUCAACUCGCUCCUCUCUUUACAUUCUUCUUCCAAUCUUCAAACCUUGGUCCUUCCUUUCCCUUCCCACUCUUCAAUCCCUCAUGGUGUCGAAAAUAUGCAAGACGUCGACAUAUCUUUUGUCCCAGAUUUUGAAGCUGCCUUGAGUAAGCUCCAUGAUCCUUUAGUUAACUGGUUUGAAAAUCACGUUUUGCCUCCUACCGCCAUUGUUUCCGACAUGUUGCUUAGUUCUUGGACUCCUUUGUUAGCUUCCCGUCUUGGGGUCCCGAAUGUAUGUUUCGUCGUCACCAAUGCUCAUGCAGUGUCUUCUUGGUGGGUGAAUGAUCUUGAUUCCAUGCCUGAAUGUUAUAGGAAACAGCAUCUCGGUUGUAUUCAGAGCUGGGGUUUGGUCUUCAACUCGUUUAAUGAGAUAGACAAUCAAAAGUUGAAGCUCAUAAAAGAAGAGUUAACCGAACACGAUCGUUUAUGGGCUGUUGGUCCUUUGCUCCCCAUUAAAGGUAGACUAAGUUCCCUUGGGGAAGAACAAUAUCAAUGGUAUAUGUCGCAUUUGGAACACAGAUAA